UCAGCGUAUCACACAGUGAAAUCGUGCACUGCGUUCUCCUAGUGUCGGGGUUACCUACGAUUACAUAUAUAUCGAAGACAACUUUCCUAGUUGAGAAAAGGAGCGUUACUCACUCACUUCUAUUGUAAUGUGGCGGUUUCCGUUGUUUUUGGUGCUCGCCACUCUCAGCGUCGUGCACUGUGAUCAUCACCUCUGCCCUAGCGGAUACAGUCGUGGGCAAUAUCUCGAUGCAUCGACACAGAAGUAUCUUCUCUGCUGGAAGGUGGAUUGGUCUGACAGGUCGAUCACCUUCUCAGCCAAAGUCGCUACGACAGGAUGGAUAGGGCUCGGUUUCUCACCAACAGGCUUUAUGCCCAACUCCGAUGUGGUCAUUGGAUGGGUGAAAGACGGUCAAGGAUACUUGAAGGUUGCACGGGGCAACGGCUGGUUUGUUUUGCAUCACAUGUGCCUUGCUAUAGCUUCUCUUCCUCUCACAGGAUCGUUUUGCAACUGCGAGGGCACAGCCGCCAAUUGA